UAUGGCCCAUCUUAGUAGACGCCCCCUUCCCAAGCAAAGCGAAAGGAAAGAAACCUCUCAAAUCGAAAGGCCUUAACGGGGUCCACGACGCAGGCGGUGGUGCUCCCAUGGCGUCCUGGCUGCUGCUCCCCUCUUUUCCAUGGCCUCCACCACCCCCCCCCGGCUCCUCCUCUGGCCGCGGCGGCGGGGGAGGCGGCGGUGACGGCGAAGAUUGGAAGCCGAACGUCGUCGCAGCCGUCGCCGGCGUCCAACUCGGCCGUGCCCUCCGCCGUCGCCUCGCCGGCCUCCUCCUCCGCUCGCCGGAGGUGCGACAUGUUGAUGUCUUGCCCAGAAUAGGCGAAAUUUGGUUUGGAGGAUCACACCCAAUUGAGACAAACCAGGUUUUUGGGUCGCUGGGGAAUGUGUUCUCUGCAUCGUUUGUUUGCAGUUCUGCUCUGUUCGGUGGGAACAGAUCAAACGGGAGAUACAUCGGUAAUGGAAAUUUGCAACCUAGCCGGCCUCGUGGAAUCAAUUCGAAGAAGAGGCUGUGGACCAAUGUUCUUCUUGCAGUUAAUAUCCUGGCUUAUAUCGCUCAGGUAGCAACACAAGGAAAGCUUCUUAUGUGGGGAGCAAAGGUCAACAGCCUGAUUGAUAGAGGGGAAUUCUGGCGUUUGGCUACAUCGUCUCUUCUUCAUGGAAAUCUUACCCAUCUUGCUUUCAAUUGUUUUUCUUUGAAUUCGAUCGGACCGACGGUGGAACUUGUUACUGGUCCUAGAAGAUUUCUUGCUGUCUAUUUCACUUCUGCGCUGGCAGGUUCACUAAUGAGUUACUGUUGUUGCCAAUCACCUUCUGUUGGUGCAUCAGGGGCCAUUUUCGGAUUGGUUGGUUCCUAUGCUGUUUAUACAUGGAGGCACAAGAAGCUUUUGGGACGUGGAAAGGAAAGUUUAGAGCAUAUCGCACGUGUGGUUAUCUUAAAUAUGGGUAUGGGUCUCCUUUCAAGGGGCAUUGACAACUGGGGUCAUUUAGGAGGCUUGCUUGGGGGAGUGGCUACGGCAUGGUUUAUUGGCCCAGAUUGGCAAUAUCAGUACGUAGCAAAAGAUGGAAGAGUGGUGUUCAAAGACAGGGCGCCUAUUCACAGGCUAAUAAACAGUACAAGAUCACGGUAGCAGCACGCAUGUAAACAUGCUCCGGUUUUGCUGUGUAUAAAUACCUGAGAAUGCGGGAGAGAAAAAAAGGAUAGUAAAAGGGAAGAUUGGCACCAUUUACCAAGCAGAGGGAUUGGCUGCAAACCGUGGCUGAUACCUAGCUUGGCAAAAUAAACCAUUAACCUCAUAUAACUGCUGCCUCUGAGUUGGAUCACUUGCAAGUGUUAAAACUGCAAGCAGAUUAUGGUCAGCCGAUGUGUACUCUGAUACUCAACAGUCACUGACGAUUGCGUUUAACAUGUUUAUUGGGCAUUACUACUGCCUGAUUGAUGUGCAUUUGUGUAAAUGAACUCAUGAUUGAUAUGGGCCGGACUAAGUUUCUUCUCUGAUUACUGAUGAUUAUUGUUUUCA